AUGACUGAUUCAUCAUAUUAUGAUUAUAAACCAAAUUCAAUGAAUCAUAAUGAAGGAUAUAAAACAAAAUCAAAUGAACAUUAUGAUAAACAUAAAGUUAAUUAUGAACAAUAUUUUAAAAAUUAUGAUCAAUAUUAUCAUCAUAAACAUAAACAUCAUCAUCAUCACCAUCAUCAUCAUCGUCAUCAUGAUCAUGAUCAUGGCGAUCAUGGUCAUGAUGAUCAUGAUCAUUCUCAUUCUCAUGAACAUUCUUCUAAAGAAGAUAAUAAUCUAAAGACAAUAUCAUCUGAAUGGAUCUAUGAUAAAUUAAAAGAAUAUUUAACUUGUAUUUAUGAGAAACAAAUUAAUUGUGAAGAUCAAUUUGUUACAGAAUUACAAUUGAAAUUAUUAAAAAUGCAAUCAAAUAAACAAAAAAUGAUGAACAUUAUGAAUCAAUCUCAUCGGAACAUGUGA